UUUACAUUGUACUAAACUGUAAUAUAUCUACCUGAGCCAAACAGGUGGAGAUUCUCAAACAACUAAACUCACUUUGCUUUGCGAUUGGUUGCCGGCUAGCGUAGCAUUUACUCAAGAAGAUAACAACUCAGACAUCCUGCAUAUCACCCUUGACGAGUAAUGAAUUUAAAAAAAACUACGUGUUGGGUGAGGAGAUUGAAACAUGAGCAAGUUUGAAGAAGAAUGCAAGAGGCGACUGAACGAAGUUGCCAUCACUGUCGACCUUCAUCAUAAAGUUAUGUUGUCUAUUUGUGUAUUUUACUUCGCCUUUUCACCGAUGGCGAUUGUUGGAAAUGUCCUUGUAAUUCGAGCCAUGCUGAAAGUCUCAUCGCUACCCGCGUCUUUUAAAAGACUAAUUCUGAGUCUUGCUGUCUCUGACCUUGCAGUAGGAUUGUUUUUACAACCGAUGUACGGCACAAUUAUUGCGUUGCAGUUGAGUGAGAGAAACAGUCAAUUCUUGUGUCCUUCUCUCCUGACAAUUCAUCUAUUUGUUACGUUUUUAGUGGCAGGAGCAUCUUUCAUGACCAUCGCCGCCAUUGCGCUGGACAGGCUUCUAGCUGUUUAUUUACAUUUGAGGUAUCAAGAACUUGUAACGCCAAAGCGAAUACAAAUUCUUUUGCUUCUUCUCUGGCUAGGUGCAGCUUUUGGAGCAUCAGUGUUUAUUUCACUAUCCAAGCUUUCUGACUUGAUCGCUGUUAUAACUCAAAUCAUUGGAUUUACUAUCACAACCGUUGCAUAUUUUUAUCUUUACAAAGCCGUUCAAUAUCAUCAGAAUCAAAUUAAAUCUCAGUGUCAGGUUCAAGACCAAAAUGCUGUCCAAAUAUGCAGGGAGAAAAAAUCAGCUCUAAAUACCUUAUACGUAUACGUAGUUUUUAUCGCCUGCUACUUUCCACUGCUAUUUUCAAGUAUUCUUUUGAUGGUUGAUCACUCAAGGACAUCUUUUCAAGUGGCUUAUAACAUCUCUGGAUUCAUGGUUUUCCUCAAUUCGUCUUUAAAUCCAUUCGUGUAUUGUUGGAGAUAUCGCGAGAUUCGACAAUUUGUGAAAAAACAGCUUUAAGAGAAACGUCGACUUACCGUAACUGAUGACGAAAAUUAUAAGCGAACGGAGGAAAUAAGAAUCCAAUAUUUGAUUCAAAACAUUGGAAUAUUCCAUUCUUUUUUUUCGCAAAGAGCGUAGGAAAAAAGGAAAAAUGUACUUCCCCAGAAGGAAUCGACCCACAGAUCUUUGGAGUCCAAGCGCCGAUGCUCCGACACUGGGUUACUGAGAACUCUGUGUUGAAUUUGGCCAUAGCAAUGUUCAUGAAUGACAUGUCUCUUGCAAACUACUAAGAUCAGCAUUGUUACAAGAUUUAAUUGUCUCAAAAUUUGAAACAUCUCUAAUUGUAUCAUAAGCUAAAUUAUAAAACGUAGUUGUGUGAUUUGUAAAUACUCAUAGAGAUAAAUUUCGAGAUUUCCUACCUCACACUUUUAUUUCUCUUUUUGUUGCUUUUUUUAUCUCAGCUACAACAGAUCUGUUGUCAGGCGUAUUAUUAUCAUUAGAGACUGUUAACUAUCAUGCUAUUCAUUUGCAAACGUUCGUUAUUCGAACUCGUUUACAGUCCUUAGAAGUAACUUAUUAAAUUGAAGAGGAAUUCAUUUCGCUUCGUGCAAAAAGCCGUUUUCCGUAAUUAUUGAGAGUUUUGCAAUAUUUCGAGAUUUUCCUCCAACCCCUUAAGGAAAUUUGUUGGCUGUAGAAGAUAUGAAAGAGUGCAGCGGAUAUAAGGGUGAUUUUUAUAGUAAUCUUAUCUGAUGACAAAUCAUUUUCAGGCUGAAAAUGAUUAAAUUUUUUUGCUUCUAUACCAUGACAAAAAGUAAUAAAGUGAUCGUUCCGGAAA